AUGCUGGCUCUUAACAUCUUCGCCACUGUGGUUGCUCUUCUACCUCUUGUUUCUGGAACCCCUCUUCCACUAAACAAAGGAACACCUUCAAUUCAAUCCACAGAAAAUUCCGCCAAUUUCAAUCCUGAAGCCAUAUCCAAGAGAGGAAACGCUGUACCAUUCAUCGCAGGAAACAUACUUGGCGCACUCGGCAAAUCAACUGUUGGCACUAAAACUCACCUCACCCUACCACAUGCCCUUGGUGGUGUAAGAAAGCAAAAGCCGCCAAAGGAGCCCAAGCCGCCAAAGCAAAAGAAAGCGUCAAAGAACAAGGUCAAUCAAAACCACUAG